UCCUCGGCCAUGUUCCGUCCCCCCCCACACAGGGGUCAGGGUAGAGCCGCACACCCCCGUCUGCGAUCACUCGCCGUCCCAUUUACUCAGAUGACCCGCUGGGCGUGUUUGAGGCACUUCCAGGACCCGGGGACAGAGCAGUGGCCAGGACGGGGACAUCCUACGCCCGGGCUUUCCACCCAGGCUGGAGAGAGAGGCCGUAAGCACAGGGAGGGUGUGCCCUUGGUCCCCGAGGGAAGGCAGCGCCGGGAAGAGAAGGCGCAGGGGAGCCGAGCCCCCACCUGCCCCUCCCACCCUCCACGCCCGCCCCCCCACGCACCCGUCCCCCACCCAGCACACGUGCCCCCGGGGCUUCCUGUGACUCAGUUACGUCCUCCUCACGUCUUCUUAAAAGCCACUUUCUCGGGCACCGGGGCCGCUCAGUCAGUGAAGCAUCCGACUCUUGACCUCAGCUCAGGUCCUGAUCUCAGCCUUGUGAGUUCACGUCCCGUGUUGGGCUCCGCGCGGGGCGUGAAGACUACUAGAGAAACAAAGCCAGCUUCUCGCCGAGGUCUCCCUGGGGGGCCCUCCCCAUCCCGCAGCUCCGCACCCAGCACCCUGACCCCCGUGCUCCGUUUCCACCCGCUUAUCUCUUCCCAGCGCCCGGGGUCACGGCCCUUGUUUGUGUCCAUCAUUACCGUCCGUCCCGGGUGCUGGCCGUACGCUCCCAGAGGAAGUACAGACGGACGCUCAUCUCCGCCAGGAAGGGUCCCCCCUCCCCCGAGGAACGGGCAUAUGGAGGGGAACCCAAGACAACUUCCUGAAAUACUUGGAUCUUCACUGCACGAUGGCCUUGACCCCUAUGCGGACCGGCUCUGCAUCCCAGGGGUCCCCGCGGGCUCUGAGCAGACGCCUGGCCUCUGUCAGAGCAUUAGGAGCCGCACCAGCCAGGGCCCGGGGGCAGAGACCAGCUCCGGUGCGCGCGGCCCCGCCCUGCAGGGGCCCCCACCCCCCCCCCCCCCCCCCCCCCCCCCCCCCCCCCCCCCCCCCCGGCAAACCUGGUCAUUGGCCCUGCACCAGGAAGGCGAUGGUCUGCAGGAUUUCAGAGUACUCGGACUACAGUUGAGGUUGGGAAGGUCCUCGUGUUGCUUUUGGCAUUGAACUUCCUUGCGUCCCUGAGAGCAGCCCGGCAGAUUCCUGGGGACCAAACACUCUCACUUCCGUAUCUGCCCAUGGAAGAUGACAGACGGGGACAGAGAGGGUGGGAAGGGUCUCAUUCCACCUCAAGCCCUGAAUGAAAGCAGCCGGAACGUGGUGAGGAAGCUCUGGAACGCCACCUCUGUGCCAAGUCAUUUAUUCCAUGAGUGAUAUGUGGUGCCGGCCUGCGUCCCGGUGAGCGGGCUGUCCACCGUCCCGCCGUCGUAAGACACGGCUGUCCUCCAGCUGCUUGACAUCUGACCGCCACACGCACGGGGACCGGUGACCCCACCUCCGCCUUCCGCCCGUCCCCUCCCCCUCCUCCCUACGCACCCAUGAGCUGUGGUGCCACCAAGACCAGCCUUGGCCGCAGGUCACGCCCCGGGCAAGCGACAGGCCCCUCAGCAGGAAAGCAGCCGUGAACACCUAAGACACUGACGGGUGUCCAGUGGGGAGCGUUACUACCUGUCCCGUAACAGCGGCUUGGACAACUGAGGGCCACAGCAGAGGAGCGUCUGCAAAAGCCGUUACUACCCGGAGGCUGUCCCCGUGCCCGGCAAGGGCUCCCAGCCAGGAGGAGAGGCCGGUCCCCCAACCGUCUGGUGUCUGCCUGGGCGAGGCAACCCGGGCGGCCUUGGCAUCUGGCCCGGAGCACACAGGCGUGUUUAUUUCCCUUUCUGCUUCCCUCAGUGACCCAAAACCGCCAGCAGAAAUUUCCAGGUGACCUGCUGGUGCAGAACGAGUCUGUCCACAGUGGGUGUGGGGUCACAGCCCCGGGUCGCCGUGCCCUGCCAUUAGCUUGUCCGCACAGCCGAGCGACUGGACUGUGUAGGAACAGUUCUUCCGGAAAGAGGCUGGCGCAGUAGCCAAAUGAAAGCUUGAAGUUACAGCCCGAGGCCUUGGCAGAGGGUCAGGGGGCUCCUGCAUGUACUCUGCGUUUCCUUUGCCCUGGAUGCUUCGGGAAAGUUCAUCACCGCAGGCCGCGGGACUCCCACCCCCAGGAACACCCCCAGCCUAGCCUGGCGCCCCUCACCGUGGGAAAGAUGCCUGCGUUGACCACAGUAACCGCGGACUCACACCUACUACAGGCUUCCUGUUUCCUGGCCGGGGCCCCCCCCCCCCCCCCCCCGUAGCCACUCGGUACCCGUCAUUGCGAGGAACGUAUGCUUGGGUUGUUCCUUUCGUUCUUCUGGACACUUCCAAGGGUAGCAUGUGAGGAGUGGGGACUCCCGCGGGAAACUGAGGCGCAGGGCAGUGAGAAGACAGCCCAAGGUCUGUGUGUGAAGCCCCACCAUGCUGGUCAUGCAUACCAGCAGGAGCGGAGAGAGGGCCUCCUGCCCCCAACACAGAGUGGCAUUUAGGGGUUUGGGUCCCGGGAGCAGUGCGCUGCCGGCCAGUAUCUCGGCGCCUGUGUCAGAGCGGGAGGCAGUUUCCAUCCGUUUAUUCCCACAUUAAAUACACCGGCCGAGGGCUUCUCCGUUCAAGGAGCCCAACAGGACUCUGCACAAUGAAUGACCGCCGCUCGGUUCAGCCGUCCUGUAAACCCGCUUGCGGCAAGGGUAACCCGCGUAGACUGAGUCCCGUCAGAUGCGCCCCCCACCUCCGCGGGUGCUUGGAGGCCAUUCGAAUUCUCCCUGCUACUCAGGCUGCCCCCGCUCUGCGUCUCUGCAUUAUUUCUGCAUGGCUAUUUCGGGAACAAUCUAUAGCUGUGCCCUUUCCUAAUUGGAAGAUGUUAAUUUUGAAUCGCCUGGAGCCAAAACUGCCUACAGAAGCAGAUGUUAGGUCCGUGACCCCGAGCUGGAAUCAGCUUCCUCUUCCAUUAUCCCGUUACCAUUUUCACUGUGCUCCCUCUGUUCUCCCCUCCAUCAUCUGAAGGUCUUUUAGGUAUAAAUAGCCGUGGCGCACCUGCUCAGAGCUUCCUAGCGCAUACGGGCGCGAUGUGAAGCCUGUGCCAAUGUGGCCGUGACUUGUGUCAGCCUGAGAUCCGGUGACAAGACAGAUGAUUUAAAGUGAUGCCUGGCGAAUUGAU